GUCGGUGGGCGCGCGCGCGUACCUUGUUGGUUCGUUGGAAAAAUAAUAAUUUAUUCUAUACGGUAGAAGCACAAACGUAGACUGGUUUAUUGAAACCUGCGACAUGAAAGAACAGUGCUGCCAGUUCGUAAAUAUGUUCUCGUUUCGAAUCGCGACCAUGUCCUGAAGCCGCUCCGUUCGCGGUCCGCGCCGUACUACGAUUACAGAGAGCAAAAAAACCGCGCGACACAUGAACAUCUAUCACCAAUUUUGGGUAAACGAAAUUAUUCGCGGAAAAUGCUUCAGACUCUUCGUGAACGUUCGCAAAAACGCAAGAAACUCUUAGCGCAAACGCUAGGAGUUUCGAGCGUGGACGAGCUACGACAAAUUUUGGGGACAGAUGUCGAUGACACGCAGAAAAAACGAGUAAGAUCAGUGUCCGAAAGGUUAGUGAACGGAGCAAAAGAUUCGAAAAGUGACACUGGUCCGACAGACGAGAUCGUUUACAAGGAUUCUUCGACGUUUCUGAAGGGCACACAGUCGUCGAAUCCUCACAAUGAUUACUGUCAACAUUUCAUCGAUACGGGUCAACGGCCACAGAACUUCAUCAGAGACGUGGGCCUCGCGGACAGGUUCGAAGAAUAUCCGAAAUUGCGGGAGUUGAUCAAAUUGAAGGACGACUUGAUAGCGGAAACUGCUACUCCACCCAUGUACCUGAAAACGGAUUUGCUCUCUUACAAUCUAAAGGAACUCAACUGCAAAUUCGACGUGAUACUGAUCGAGCCCCCAUUGGAGGAGUAUCAGCGCACAUGCGGUGCGACCAACGUUCAACUUUGGAAUUGGGACCAGAUAAUGGAACUGGAUAUCGGUGAGGUGGCAGCGAAUCGAAGCUUCGUGUUCCUCUGGUGCGGCAGCAGCGAUGGCUUGGACAUGGGACGAUUCUGUCUUCGCAAAUGGGGUUUUAGGCGAUGCGAGGAUAUUUGCUGGAUUCGCACCAACAUCAAUAAUCCGGGACACAGUAAAAACUUAGAUAGCAAAGCCGUACUUCAAAGGACCAAAGAACAUUGCUUGAUGGGAAUCAAGGGGACGGUCAGACGAUCCACGGACGGAGACUUUAUUCAUGCCAACGUGGACAUCGAUCUAAUCAUAUCGGAGGAGCCCGAAUACGGUUCUAUAGAGAAGCCUGUCGAAAUAUUUCACAUAAUUGAACACUUCUGUCUCGGCAGACGACGAUUACACUUGUUUGGUCGCGACAGCACAAUUCGGCCCGGAUGGCUCACUGUAGGACCAGAGUUAACCAACACAAAUUUUAACUCGGAUCUCUACACCAGCUAUUUCACUAACAGUCAGAUCACCACUGGAUGCACCGAGCGAAUCGAGGCCCUCAGACCAAAGUCUCCGCCGCCGAAAGAUUUUGACGCCUCGUGUCCAGGACACCGCCAGGCUAUAUAUCGAGUAUUCCAAGUCCUUAACCGACUCUGCGACUUUAACGUCGAUCGAGACGCGAACGAUUUCGCUACCAAAUUGGGUACGAUUCUGUGUCGAAUAUAUUCACGACCGUCGGCUCUUUUGGACGACGCGUAAAUCGAGACAACGUGUCCGACCGCGUGUAGUGAACUUGUCGCAAAAUGUUGUAUUUAUAUGUAUUCGCAUUCUUUUAUAUAUAUAUAUAUAUAUAUAUAUAUAUAUAUACAUAUAUAUACCAUGGGCCGCAUUUGCGAAUAAUGCAAUACGACUCGUGUCUGUAAUAUUUUAUAACGCAAACCGUACAAGGAGUUUCUAAUAAAAACAGUCAAAUUUAAGAUCGUCGAAAAAGCGUACAACUUAAUAUGCGCGACGUGCUCCGAACGCGAGCGUACCAUCGGAAAAUACACCCGACCGGUCGCCUUCGGACGUACCGCGCAUAAUACUAAAAAAA